AUCCCAAUCCGAAGUAGUGGCUCUCCGUGGCUCAGUGACAGCUCUGUCCGUCCGUCUGUCUCUCUCAAAGCUCCUCUGGCGCUGAGAGCUUUGAAGCUCAAAUGCCGUCCCUCUCAGAGCUCCACUCCGACCGACCGACCCACCGGAGAAGAAGAAGUUAGCCAACAGUUGAUAUAACCAUGUCAACGGCCCCUUCGCUCUCGCGCCUCCGCUCGCCCUUCAUCGGCUACCCCCUCAAGUUCUCCUCCUCCUCUGCUUCCGCCUCCUCUGUUUCCCGUAAACCCUCGAGAAAUCAACGGUGUCCCGCGUCUUAUCCCCGCCUCAGAGCCGAGCUCGACCAGAACACGGUUGUGGCGAUAUCGGUCGGGCUUGUGAGUGUUGCAGUGGGCAUAGGCAUUCCCAUCUUCUACGAGACCCAAAUCGACAAUGCUGCCAAGCGAGACAACACGCAGCCUUGCUUUCCCUGCAAUGGAUCCGGGGCACAAAGAUGCAGGUUUUGCAUGGGAACGGGAACUGUGGCAGUAGAGCUCGGAGGGGACGAGAAGGAGGUCUCUCGGUGCAUCAACUGCGAUGGUGUUGGGUCUCUGACAUGCACAACUUGCCAAGGAUCCGGAAUUCAGCCUCGAUAUCUGGACCGCAGAGAAUUCAAAGAUGAUGACUGAAUGAGGAGGCUACGUAAACUCUACAUUCAAGAGGAUAAAGCUCAAGAGCUACGGCUGCUUCUGUUCUCCUUACGGGCAUCGUUCUUUGGUUUUGUUCAAGCGGACAGUUUCUUGUACCUCAUAUCUGAUUUCACUAUAAUCUGAUUGAUAAAACUAGUCUUCUUUCUCCGUUCUUGUGUUCAUCAAAUUCUUGAGACCUGUUACACGUGACAGUAAACACCUGAUGUAUUUCACUGGUAUACACUUCUUUGACACUCGGUGACAUCAGAAAGUGUUGAGGAGUUUAAGGUUCCAAUUC